ACUGAAUUUAAUAAUAGAAUUUAAUUUGAUCGAAGCGAUAAUUUACAUUGUGGAUCAUGAAUUAAAUGAGGAUUUUUCUUGGGAGAAAGUUGGGAAGGGGGUUGUAUUAUUUCAAUUUUGAAAACCCAUGGGGAUCUAUUCUGUUUUAUUCCGUCAAAGGUUUCUCAAGGAAAAUAAACAUUUAAAUUGACGUGAGACCACAUGUUUAAAGCAUGUAUAAUGUGUUAGAAAUGAGAUAAAAUUAAAAUGAGGUUUAGUGCCAACUCUUGUGAAUCAAGCAGACUACUGAAGAAAGUUAGUUUUCCCAUAUAAAUAUUCUAAUCCUCGUUAUACACGUAGUUUAAUUGCUAUAGAUAACUCGAAAUUAAAACCAGAAAACGAGGUGGGUAGAACAUCUAUACAAUAAAUGGGGGGUGGGGUAAUAUUUGUUUAAAUGAUACGCUUAUAACUUUUCUCCUAAGAUUUGAAAUGAAAUGAAAGGGAUGCUUUUUCUGCACCAAUCGGGCUAAAGCGGCUCAUACACACACAAACAUUUUCCUCAAUAGUAUUGAUGUCAAAUUAUUUGAUGUGUUUUUGAUCGUGACGGCCUAAAAGUAUAUUGACGGGCCUAUUCUAGAUAGAUAUUUUUUGCGCAAACCAUCAAUAAGGCUAGCGCAAGAGCACAAUGUGUAGAGCAAACAUCAAACUGCCAAUACUAUUGAGAUCAAUACUAUUGAUGAAACAGUUUGUGGGUGCAGUUGCAAGAAUCACAUAGCAGGUAUCAUGGCGUUCAUAUGGACACGUGGAAAAGAUUUAAUAAUCCUCACAAAAUUGCUAUUAUGUGUACUAUGUGAUAAUGGCAAUUCAAGCUUGAUACAAAAACCAUAGAAUAUUUUGAAUUCAUCAUUUAAUUUUUGGUAUUUGUAGCAUGCAGAUGCUAAAAGAGAGAAUACUCUGGCAUACUUAAUAUGGUAUCAGACAGCAAACACAUUAGCAAAAUCCCUUCUGUGAGUUAUCAGUUAGGGUCCGAUUGGACCCCAUGUUCCUGUCAAGCGCCGGGACUGAUUUGCAUGUAACAUAACUCUGCGUGUGGGAGGCAGAUAUGGAUACCCAUCUCUUCACUACGUGUAAAAAUGUAUAGCAGACAAAGUCACUAAAUUUCAGAAAGCAGUACCCAAUAGUUAUUACAAAACACUAUAAAACAUGUGCAUGGGGUCCACGGAGACCCCACGUGCACCGACAAGGAUUAAUGAAGACGGGGUUCUUUUACCUACACGGGUGGACCUCAGUUUUACAUCCCGCCAGUACUACUGACAAGGGGAAACCAGGUUGCAAAAUUCAGAGGAACUUCUCGGCCAACACUGGGAUCGAACCAAAGACCUAAUGGUUUGUGGGCCAGCACCAUACGCACUGAGCCAUCACGACUCCCUCUUAGCCAAAUAUCAACAACAAAAACAACAAGAUGCACUUAAUUCAGACCAUAAACACGUUACACAUUUCAGAUGCGACAAAAUUACUGGUUUAGGAGCCCUAAAGACCUAAACAGGUCGCCACAGAGUCCCCUCUAAUAGUGGGGCGAGGUUUGGUAUUUGAUUAAAUAUGCUGAUUAGUGAAGUUUGAAUGUCCAGCACAUUUCAUAAUCAAAAUAAUAGGACCAUAGGCUGAUAGAAGAAUUUGUAAUACUAUAAGGUUUUCAAGUUUAAGAAUACACUGUUUUGUUUACUGUAUCGGGGGCACUACCUAUUAUGGUUGACAGUUGGGAGUCGUGGUAAAUAGUUGCAGUCAUGUUAAACUUGGUGUGGUAAUACUACAUUAGUACAGAUUAUAGCAAGAACUUAAGAUGUAUAUGGGAAGUGCGUUUGAAGUGCAAAUAAGAUUUUGGGUUAAUCAGGUGUCCUAAAAAUAAACCGGUUCAGUGGCGUCAAGUCUGGUAAACUUAAAGUUUCUAUAUAGUCCUUCCAGUUAAUUCUUAGAAAACAGGUGCGCGGUUUCCAUAUUAUUAAUACCUUGUGUUUGAAUCUAGGGUAAAGUUUUUGCAGAUGAACAAUAUUGUAGAGUAUACCUCGUUAUUCCCUGGGGUAGAGUAAAAGAACUGAACGGACUCCGAUUCCUCACACACCAUUGCGCCACACUGGACAGAUUUCAACGUUGGUUGUAUAUCAGCCGCGUCGGAAUAGAGGUUGAGUCAGACAUCAUUUAGCGUUUCUGGAGACACCCAGAGUUUCUAAUGCGAUCACGUGGGCUUUCAGAAUAUAGAUCUGGGUUAUCGUGGGUCUUUAGACUAUUGAUUACAGCUUAUAUGUUAUACCAUAACUGUUUCUUGUAAUACUGUUAUAUAAACAAGUAGUUACAAGAACACGGCUAUCUAGUUUUAACUAUUAGAAAAUGCAACGUGAAGUCCAUAAAGAAGUGAAAAUAUUGAAGUCCAUACGGAAGUUCAAAAAAUAAGAAACCAGGAUCGCAAGAUAGCCUUACACUACUCACACUAAUCUUUGAAAGCCGAGGACAGUAUCACAUCUUGGAAGCCCGUGAUCUGUCUAUUUGGUUGCCGUGGAACUUGGAAUAGUGUCACAUUGCCUGAUUUGGAGUCCGUGACUAGGACUAUAGUGCCACUCUGUAUAUAGUGUCACACAGCGUGGCCGUGGUGUCACAUUGCCGAUUUGGAGCCGUAGUAUAGGAUCAACAUGACCACAGUGCCACACUAUAAGUGAACCAUGUUUCAUUUUAUGUUUGUUGAUAUUUAUUAGAAAGUAAAGAAAUGUAAACGUAAGAUUUCGAGCAGCAAGAGAUUGCCGAACGUGGAUUUUACGGUCUCUCUGCUCCUGGAACUUGAAACAUGACAAUCAUUAUCUGAGAAUAGUAUAGUACAGACCCGCUAUGUCUUUUUUAAAAUAAUCCAGGGGAUUAAUUUUGGAUUGGUGACAACCUUGGUAAACUUAAAUGUUACAAUAUUUUUAAAUUUUGUUACUGUUUUUGUCUUCGGAGUCUAUGAUUUUGUUUGAUUCUAUAGUUGCCUAGGCUAUGACCACUUCUAAUAGUUUACACUAGGGUCGUACUAUUUCUACUUCUAGCAGAAGAGUGUAUCGAGAUCAUGGCUUCAGAGCCUAAAUAAAUGAUUUCCCAGGAAACAACGUCUGACAAUAGUGUGGACUUGAUAAAUUUCACGUUUCUGUGGUUGUUUAGAGAAUGUAAACAAAGCAGGCCUUAUCAUAUUGUUGACAAUAUCAUGUAUAACAACAAUAAUCCUAUUGUUGAAAUCUUAAACAUAGCUUUAUGACGAAUGUUAUUGUGUACCUUUUUUUCUUUUUCAUCUCCUAAAUAACAUUUUCUCUGCCAACCCAGGUUAAAUGCAAAUAAUUAUAUUUUCAACAUGAUCAUCUGGCAGAUAUUGCUAUAAACUAAUAACAUAAAAUGGAGUAAAGAUCAUCUGAUUGCAAAAAAGGGUUAUACUCUUGCUCUCACUUUAAAAGUAAGCCAAUUUUAACAGUAAUAUGUGUACGUUUAUCUAUAUAUGACGUCUUCAAAGAUAAAGAAAAUGUCUAGCAAGCGGUGUAGCAAGGCUUUAAUUUCUCUUUAAGAACGAAUGCCAUGUUUGUUUUCUUUCAGAGAAGGAAAUGAUGUUCUGUCGGGUAGCAUUUGACCAAUGCGAGCUAUUCACGAUUAACAGUUUUGAAAUUUCACUGUUCAACGCAACACAGCCUGAAAUAGACAGUCUUUAUUUAUCUUCAUUGGCUUAACUUAAGAAAUCCCGGUUUCAAUAAAAUACCUCCAUAUUCUCUAGUUGUUUGUUAGGAAGCAAGUGAUUAAUUAAACGGUACAUUUAAACAUUGCAACCAUUACUGAACAGAGUUAAGCCAUGGGGUUAAAACAACUCACAUUGGUUUCGUAUACGGUAAAAAUCAAAUCAAAAGUCAGUCCCUUUGAAGGACUUCAUUGCAUUUGCCACAACUGGAAUUGAAUCUUGACACUGACUGCUUAAUGUGACAUUUUGAGGUUAAAAAUUUUAUUCAGUGCUUUCUUUGUGCAUGUGUCAUAUGCAUGGGUCAUGUUGAUUUGAUACCCGACUGUUUAUAUUGUUUACAAGCGCAUGUAGUACGCUGGUUAAACAACAUACCUGCAACACGAUCGAUAUGAAUGUUUGUUGAAUGUAAUCGUGAAAAAUAUCGAUUAGGGAGCUGCAAAUAAAUAAAGAGAAUGGUCUAGUCAACGCUGUACUUACGCCAUUUUGAUGCCAACAUAAUAUGUAGUGGUUAUGAUAUAAAGGGGGAGGUGGUCUACUCUUCUAAACACAAACUAAAUGGCAUAUAAAAAUUACAAACUAAUGAUAUCCGAAUAUCAAGACCAAUACUUGUAUUGUCAUUUGCACAAAACAUCUGUCUCAACUGUUGACUUUGAUUUCCAUUCGAAAAGUGUUUAUUAAUUACACAAAUUAUAUUCAAUUAAUUCUUAUGUCAGCAAUUUGGAGUAUUUUCGAAUUCUUGAAUCUUCGGACUAUCAAAUGAUUGUUCUGCUCCUAAAUCAUAAACAGCUGGAUGGAAUUCAGCCAAAUUUGGUAAACAUAUUGCUUGAAUGAAGUUUAUUGAGAUUCGUUCAAACAAAGUAGUUCGUCCUCAUAGAUGCCAUUCAUGACACUUUGAUGGAGGUACGUUUAAAUACAUUUUUCGCUUGACGAAUUGUAACAAAUUUGGUAUAUAAUACGAUGCAUGUGCGUUGUUAUUUUUAUUCGAAUUUGUUCGGUGGAUAUGACAAAGUAAGAUAUAAAAAAAGUGAUAUAAAUCUUUCACUUCAUCAUGCGAAUUUUACUCAGAGUGGUUCAGGAGUGUAACACUCGCUUUCCGUGUACGAGUUUCCGCCGGCGAAAAAGUCGGUGUAAUGCAAAUGCAAUGGGAUCGUUUCCAUGUAGGCGUUUCAGCUCGAUGAACGACUUUUCCGCGACUUUUUUUCUCGCGUAAAGUUUGCUCAUGCAUGCCCAAGCGGGUGUUUACUUUCUGGCGUUCAGACACGGGUUCUCUUCCACUAAGCCAAUCAACCACUCUUGUUGCUGCAGAUUCAGCUUGCAAAUGGCAGAUAUUUUGGACAUUGUAUUAUUAAAAUGGCGAGGACUUAACUUAAACAAUGAUGGGUUCAUGCUGUAAAGAGAAAUCACCUAUGUGGGAUGCCCCAAACGUUUCAGCGAUUUUUCUGUACACAUGGAAAUACAAAAAAUCACGCUCAGAAACGUUGUAUACACUGGCGGAAGCAAGACCAUGAAAAGCGGGCCUAACCGAUUCAGGUUUAUCCACCGGUUUUCACGAUAUAUUGUGAAAUCGUCCAAUACUGUGAUGGAACGCACUGUUACUUAUCAUUUGAUAAUUACUCAAAACAUUACAUGGGAGUCACUAACCAGGAGGUGCGAUGUUCGAUCCCAGUGUUGACCGAGAAAGUGCCUCGGAAUUUUGUCAGUGGAAAGACACAGUUCCUUGUCGUUCAGAUGGGACGAAAGCCGUAAAAGAACUCUUGAUCAGAAUAGUAAGCGGAAAAGGCUGUUUUCCCCUUGUCAGUGGUGCUGGGCAGACGCGACGUCUAGUUGUUCGAAUACAAUAUUAGUAAAGUACUAAAGAACCAUUGCCGGGUGUUAUUGCCUCUGUUCCCGAAACGUUUAAAGGACAGAAAUUCUUCAACAUGCACCAGGAGGAACCCUAUCGAGGAAAGCUUGCGGCUACAGAGGCUUCAAACAUCGAAAACGUACUCAUCCUUUGAACAUUUAUCACUAACCAUCACACCUGCAUCAAAACCGCUAACGAUUAUCUGUGUCUACAGACAACCUCCUUCAAGUAAAAAACAAAUCUACUGAUACAGACUUUGUAAAUGACUUCAAUAAUCUCUUUGAUUGCAACGAAACAUCGUUAUCGCUAGUGAUAUUGAUGUGCACUUUGAUUCUCCUAAUUAAAAAUUUACGAAACGUUUCUGUGAACUUUUGGAUGUUCACCACCCGGUACAAACCAUUAUUCAACCGACACAUCUAUCAGGACACACCUUGGACUGGGUUGCUUGCCGUUAUCCUGGUCUUAUUCAUAAUGCGGAUGUCGUUGACAAGAUAAUAUCUGAUUGAAGAAUUUAAUAUUGAUCUUCUGAACAGCACUAUACUCACAAAAUGUUCAAAUGAUGUUGAUUAUAUGGUAGCUUUACUCAAACAAUUAUUACUUGACCUCCUCGACAAACAUUGAUAAAAUCUACAAGAUUCGUCAUGGCCUUGGCUCUGUUAAUACACAGGGGUGGGAUGACAGUAUGUCCAUAGUUUCAUCACUUCAAUUUGGCUCUUUUAAUCCUGUUUCAUCUAAGAAGAUAAGGAAGAUAAUAAUAGCCCAGUCCAAACCAACAUCAUGCUCUUUGUACGUCAUACCGACACAUUUCUUGCUAAAAAUUCUGAAGAUCCCUUUGCCCAUUAUUUCUAAUGGGAGUUUGCAGUCUGAAAUGUUACCGGAAAGUUUUAAAAUUGCAGUUGACAAACCUCUUAUAAAAAAAAGUCGACACUCGACCCACAUUUGCUGAAGAAAUAUCGGCCAGUAUCAAAUCUGACCUUGUUCCAAAGUUCUGGAGAAGGUUGUUAAACAGCAGUUCCUUAGCCAUUUAGAAAAAUUUCAACUCCUUGAGGAUUUCCAGUCAGCUUAUUGCGUUGGUCUCAGCACUGAAGCAGCCCUUUUAUGUGUCCUGGAUGCCAUAAAAUUAUUUGUUGAUUCAGGAAAUUUCGGAGAGUUGGUCCUUUUGGAUUUAUCAUCAGCUUUCGAUACUAUUGAUAACGGCAACCUACUGGAUCGACUCUCAUCAAACUUUGGAUUAACUAGAUCCAUUCCAAAAUGGUGCCUAUCUUAUCUCACUGGACAAUAAUUUCAGUAUGUUAAAGUUAACAGCUCAUCAUCAAGUCAUCAACAGCUAUCAUGCGGUGUCUCCUAAGGAUCCGUUUUGGGACCCAUAAUCUUCACAAUGUAGAUGAAGACUUUGGAUGAACUAAUUCAUGAUCACAAUUUGCUGUAUCUAUAUUUAGAAAUCAUUUGGAUCCAGAACUUUUCGAUACAGUGCGUCUAUUGUGUGGACUGUGGAAAAUAUCCAACAAUGUGAUUCUGGUUAUUUAGUCACUACCAUUAACUUUUUCUAGCGCUAAGUGCAUUCCCUAGUGGAUUGAAUAGUUGUGCGAUACAAAUAUUAUUAUUAUUAAAACUGUGCUGGGAUAUUCAGUCACACCGACUUGAUCCUUUGACUCGCAUGCAGAAAUUUGUUAGAGAUGUGUAUAUUCGUUGCCUAAUAACGUUAUGUUUUUAUUUGCAGGGACUCGGUAAGUCGAAGAGCACACCAUGUUCCUUCGGUGCGUGUAGUAUCCAUUGGUUGCCAUGGCAUCUUUAACGGAAGGAUGAACAUGUUGAACUCAAAUUGAGUUCUGCGCGGUUUAAGUGUUUACAUUUCUUAUAUUUACAGAUUAAUUGAAGACUGGUAGUGAGUGGUAUUUACUGAUCGUGUGUUCUUCAGUACAACUGGUGAUCACAGGAUAGUGUGUUUGGUUCUUGGAUUGUGUGUUAAAAACCCAGGAUAGUGUGAUUGAUCGACGAUUACGUGAUUUACCUUUGUAUGUUUGAUUGGCCAUGGGAUGGUGUGAUUGAAUCACUGUUAUCGCCACCCGUGAAAAGAAUGAUGAUGAAAAGAAGCAACGAUUGAAAGAGUUUUGAAUUGUGUGUUGUGUAUAGAUGUUUGUCGUUUAACUAUCCUAUUGCAUGAACAUGUAAAAACCAGCCUUAAUUCACAAACGAUAACUCGCCACUGAAAAGACGGUUUAGACUCAAGGAGUUGCAAAUAUAAAUUCUUGAAACCCUGGCACUCAUGAAAUAACCCCCAUCUCCAUCCCCACUCUUCUAUAAAUAAUAAUCUAAAAUGUGAAAUGACAAAAAGCGUACUUAUGAAAUAUUAGUAAACCCAAAGUAGUCCUAAAUCUAAUUUUUCAAAAUGGUAGUUUUAGCCGAAUACUCCGAUUUAAUUGCGGUUCAUAAAACUAUUGAAAAAAUCGCCAUUAUAAAGGGCUCUGUUAUAAAUGAUAAUAUUAAUUCUGUUAAGAAUAAUGACGGUGAGUUAAGUUUAGAACAAAUUGUAGGGAUAGCCAUAACAGCGGUGAUGGUACCUUUUAUUUUGUUAAGUAAUAUUUUAGUUAUCGUGGCGGUCAAAAGAUUCAAAAGACUGCAAAUUCCAACUAAUUAUUUUCUUGUUUCUCUUUCGGCAGCGGAUAUUUUUAUAGCAUUGGUCAUACCAUUUUUUAUGGCGGUAGAAGUUUUGCAAGGUGACAUCCGCAAUGUCUAUAUUUGUCUGUCACCUAAUAGAGUAUUAGUGAUGGCGUGUGGCGUGUCCAUCUUGACAUUGGCGAUUGUUGCCUACGAUAGAUACACGGCAUUGUUGCAGCCUUUAGAAUAUAUCAACAUAAUGACGGUAAGAAAAAUUGUUUCGCUCGUUGCCCUUUCCUGGGCUUAUUCGGCUGCUAUAUCUUGGCUACCCCUUUUUGUAGAUUGGCAUGAUGGCAUAGAUCAAUAUAACGUUUGUUCGUUUAAGCUUCUCUAUAGUAAUGCACACAUACUAUUUUUAGGUGUUGUAUUUGGUCCGGCUUGUGUGGUAAUCUUCUUCUGCUAUUCGCGGAUAUACGCGGUUGCCAAGUACCACGCCCGUGCCAUAGCGGCGGUGGAAACUUCCAUCCGACAUAACCUAGAACUAAGCUACAUCAUGAAAGACACUAAGUGUGCUAAGACAUUGGGGUUGGUGAUAGGUGUAUUCUUGUGCUUGUGGUUGCCAUAUUUAGCUUUUCUUGUGAUUGAUAUGUGGUUAGAGCAACCGGUGAAUGAGUGGCUGAGGAACUACCUGGCUUUACUGGCAUUCCUUAACAGCGGUCUGAAUCCCUGGGUUUAUGCCUUUAAAAAUAAUGAAUUUAGAGCAGCUUUUAGGCGGAUCAUCAGAGAGCACUGCCUAUAUAGACUUUGUGAAAGCUCCGAGCGACGUUCUAGCACGGGAUCGGACAUCAGUAUAUUUCAGGGACCGGGUCAUGCUCUCUCUAGAACAAACAGCCGAAUGUUGGCACCAGAUGUGUUCCAGACCAAAACCAAGAUGGAAGACGUUCUACCAGCGUCGGACAUUACGUUAUACCGACAUUUCUUGCCGAUGCCUAAAGUCAAUCCUCACAGUCUGUUUCCCAGCCUUGUCAAACCACCUGUAUCGAGGAUAUUGGAAAACACUGUGAUUGCUCAUCGACCGGAGAACUGGUGGAAAGAGCACGACCAACAACAUGCCGGAAAGACAUCUAAAUCGUAAUGGAUGAUACAUGGUGAAAUUCAAAUAGAUGAUACAUGGUGAAAUUCAAAUGAGUGAUACAUGGUGAAAUUCAAAUGAAUGAUACAUGGUGAAAUUCAAAUGCAUAAUAAUGGUGGAAAUAUGGUGGGCAUGGCCGAGAUGGCGGAACUUAAGCAAACGAGAAGAAAAGAGGUGGAUAUCAAUUUAGUUGAAAUUGAUUAUGAACAUUUUAAGGCCAUCUGAGACGUCAGUAUGACUAAAUGGACAUUUUGCCUACAUUUAAUUUUAAGUGGGAAGGAGAUGUAAAACAUUUGUGUUUAACCUAUGAAAGUAUGUGCAUGUUUGGACAUCAUAGAGAAUUAAAACGGGUUAGUGAUGAAGUACGCGUUACGCGCGAGAGAAACAUUUUAAGCAGAUGGAACUUCAAAAUAUCAAUUGAUUGAAAGUGUUUAAACUUUGUGUUUCCUUGUAAUAUUGGGGAACUGUGAAUGUUUUAUCAAAAUGUAACCACGGAUUGUGUACAUGAAUCUGCGAAGAGAAAGGAAGAGAAUCAUUCAAAAUAUUUUUAAAUUGUAUGACAAAUUGUAUUGUAUUUAUUUGUUUGAGAUAUGUAUGUUAUAUAGUGUGUUUAUCGUGUUUUUUCGUGUUUUAUCUUGAUAACAAUUUGUGUUCUGAGUAGCGUCUUCAGUAAUGUAAAAUUAUGAAUACAAAAUCUGUGUUUAUUAUUCACAAUGUUAAGACACGCAUAUCAACCGGCUAUUUAAUCAACGGAUUUUGUCUUAAUGCCACUUGAUAAAUACGGACAAGGAUUUCACAUCACAACACGUCGCUCAUUAUAGAUGGAAAACUAAGGCUAUCGUCCCAAUCCUAUUUUUUUAUGUUAGUUGUAUUCUAGUUUUUACCAGAAUCGUCCAAAGAAUAUUGCUUACCCAAGUGAGCGACAGAGACUGCUAAUGUAGCCAAGGAACCAACCAUAUGUCGCAAUCACUUGACAUUGUGAUGGUUGUCACCUUUAUUCUACACACUGAAGACCUUGAACACAUUUAUUUGCAAAUAGUUAAUGUAUUUCAAAGAGAUUACAACAAAUUAUUUAUUAUACCUAUGAUGAACAUAAUUAUCUUAAAGAAAUGGAGCCUAUUUGAAUUAGCUCAAAAUAAAGGUUUAAAUCGCUUGAUCUGAUGUACUGUUUCGAAUAUUGACCGUGUCAGAUCUGUUCGAUGAAAUUCACUAAGAAGGUAAUAACCAGAAGUCAAUCUGCUUACUAAUUUUUUAUUUUAUUUUGGGAUAACCUGUUGACAGGCUCAAUAUACAAACAAUAUACAAAAAUCUAGAAAGAUAUAAACAAAACAACACUAUUCGUCAAAAAUUAACUAUAUUCUUUGAAUACAAACAACCGAAUAGUGAUUAUUGAACUGUCACACUAAAAAUAUGUACAGCUUUAUUUUUCAAUGUGUUCGUGAUACAUUAUCAUUGUUUGAAAAUAAACAACAGUAUCGACUCUAAA